GCUCGGCUGCUGGACGGCCUCCAUCCAGGUGUUACAGGAGGCGGAGCUUAGCUCACUGCUUUUUGUUCCUUUGUCUGAACAUCUCACCUGAUCUGGUUGCUGAUGAUCUAUGGCACUUUAGCUAUGAGGAAGAACACCGUUACCAUGACAACCACCUGUUUACCACGUUAAACAGCAGCAGCUGCUGAUGGAUCUCCUGAUGUUUACCCUGUGGGACAGGCUCCCUGUCCCAGAUUCUGUCCUUCCGACAUGCUGGAAACUGGGCUCAACAGAACCUGGAGCAGCCUUUGAAUCAUUGAUGAUGAGGUCCAGGUCUUCAUGGUGGACCGACCCACAUACAGAGGAGGGGGACAUGGAGAUGACUUGAUGACUCCUCCUCAGCCCAAAGUUCACCAGGAAAGAAGCGGAAGUGGACCGCGGCCCUGCGCUCGUGCGCGGCAGCAGGAAGUGUCCAGGAAGUAUUUAUUUUGCCCAGAAAUGAGAAUCAAAUGAGCUUGUCCUCCGGUUCGGUGCUUUGCUACCUGCGCUUCCGGUCUACCUGACCGCCCCGCGCGGCUCAUCCGCGUCACAACCGUGGCUUUGGGAAUGACAGCGCGAGGCGUGACGCGUUUGACCGACGGCUGUCAGACUGCUGCUGCAUGGGCCGAACCGAACCGAAGGUUCUGAACAUGUCCGGAGCUAAAGCCAUGGAGUCCGACAAACUGGACCGGAACCCUGGCUCCGGUACUGCGGAGGACGGCGCCACCACCAAGGACCAGCCCGCCCACCUGAACGGCUGCGUCCCGCUGUCCCACCAGGUGGCGGGACACAAGUUUGGCGUGGACAAAGUGGGAAUUCUGCAGCACCCAGAUGGAACGGUUCUAAAGCAGGUCCAGCCUCCCCCACGAGGACCACGAGAAAUGCAGUUCUAUAGAACGGUGUUUGCAGAGGAUUGCUCAGAUCCUUGUCUUCUAGACCUCCAGAACCACCUGCCCAAAUAUUACGGCACCUGGUCGUCUCCUGACAGCCCGACCGAGCUCUAUCUGAAGCUGGAGGACGUGACGAGUCGCUUCAACAGGCCGUGCAUCAUGGAUGUGAAGCUGGGCCAGAGGAGCUACGACCCGUUUGCCUCCCAGGAGAAACGAGAACAGCAGAUCAGGAAGUAUCCUCUGAUGGAGGAGAUCGGGUUCCUGAUCCUCGGCAUGAGGGUCUACGAUGCUCGCCGCGCUACGUUUGACUCGUACAACCAGCACUAUGGGCGGGGCCUGGCCAAGGACACCAUCAGAGACGCAGGGUUGGCCCGGUUCUUCCAUAACGGACUCUGUCUGAGGAUGGACGCCAUCCGGGCCAGCAUUUCCCGACUGCAGCAGAUUCUGCACUGGUUCCACUCCCAGAACCAGCUGGUCUUCUACGCCAGCUCCCUUCUCUUUGUCUACGAGGGCCUCCCCUCCUCCUUCCUCAGCAGGCCUCCUGUCACAGAAGCCAUGAUGAAAACCGCCAACCUGCUCCUGGUCGGUGAUGGAGGGGAGGCGAUCCAGGAGGAAGCAGGGCUGGAGAACAAAAAGGAAGAGUUUAACAACAACACGGCGGUGGCGGUGUCAUGGGACGGAAGCCUCUCCACCAAUCACAGGACGGAUCCCUGCGGCCUCAGGGCACUCCUCCACAUCAGCAGAGCGGAGGAAAUGGCGGCUUCAGUGGACCGUCCACCUGUCCUGAACGAUCAGAACCGACCCGCUAACGGGAACAGCAACGAAGAGGAGGGACGGAGCGGGACAGGUGGACAGGGAAGUGCUGGAGAUCCAGAGGUGGAGGUCAGGAUGAUCGACUUUGCUCAUGUUUUCCCCAGUGAUAGCCAGGACCAGGGCUACAUCUACGGCCUGAAGCACCUGCUGACGGUUCUGGAGCAGAUCCUCUGUGGUGCUGUUCAGAACUCCUGACCUCCAGAGAUCAUCUUCUGAGACACGGGGCGGAACCAACCCGGUCCAAACCACUGACCGGGUCAGAAGUCUCUCCCCCAAUCUGGACGGUUCUUCUGUGAGGUUCCUUCAUGAGCAGCCAAACAUCUAACCUACCUUCAGCCUGUGGUCCAGCCUAGCCUCCAGGCCGCCAUGUCUCCUAUCUCACUGGUGGGCUUCAGCUAUGCUCCUCCUGGAUCUGGCUCCUCCUCUGUAGAUGUUUCAUCUCCAGGUUCUUCAAAGCUCCUCCUACCUGAUCACCUGGAAACCGACCCCACGUGUUGAGGAACAUCAGAAACUGGAGUUAGAACGGGUUCUAACUGGACCUGAACGUUCAUCAGCUUCUUUUUUUCCAUCCAUUCCUGGUUUAGAACUGGACGAGUUUCGAUGUGUUUACAGAACAUCUGGGUCUGUAGGGUUAAAGCAGACGAGGCGGAUUAAGCUCCACCUUUUCCUUUCAACCCUUGAUGAUUAACUCAGGUACUCUGUUUGGUUUCCUUUAGCUUCCUAACUAACUAAGUAACUAAACUAAGUAAGUAACUAACCUAACUAACUAAGCGGCUCUCCUUCCUGUUCUGGUGGUUCUGUUGCCCUUUUCUUAGCAGGAUUUUUUUCUGUUGUCCAUCAGGUGGCAGGGUCAGAGGUCAGAGGUUACCGGGUCAGGGUUCAGAACCAUUUUAACAGGAGUUUCUGGUUGGACCUCUCAUCUGAACGGGUCCGAUGGGCCGAGUCAGACCUGAAUCCAUUCUAAAAACGGAUCUCCUGUGGUUCUGUUCCUGGUUCUAAAACAGGUUGGUUCUCUUGGAGCUUCAGCUUUCUCCUUCAGAACCUUCUAGAAUCCAGAACCGCCUUCUCAUCAAGCAGAGAAAGAUGUUCUUGUAGAACCUAGAAGCGGUUCUGGACUCUGGUUCUGGUCUUUCCCCACAUGAAGCUGUUCUUCUAACUGGAUCACUUCUGACUGAACUCCUCAGGAAGCCCUGAACCCCUUUGGGUUCAGAACCUGCAGGUUUUCCAUGGACCCGGUUCCAUCUGGACCCGCCCCAGAUCCCGGUCCCGUCUCUGGAUGGUACCAGUGGGCUGGUUUCCCUUCCGUGGGAUCGGUUUAGCUUUAGGGAAGGAGAAGCGUGCAGCAGUCCGACCCGAAUGCUUCCUUCUUUUAUCAGAUGUAUUUUAUCUGCAGAACGCUGUGAGGUUCUGCUGCUGUUCUGAUAAGAUGUUUUAACGUUCUAACGGACCUUUUAGAGCUGCUGAGUGAGUUCUGGUGAAACACUGGAGAGGCUUUGAAUGCUGCGGUCCAAUCUCCUGCUCAGAACCGCAGCAUCGUUUCCCACCUCAUCUCAAACCGUCUGCUUUUAAUGUUUCCCUCAUGAUGCUAUUUUUAAUAAACUCCUUUUCUAAAA